GUAAAUCAAACUCUAGCAAGGGAUGGACACAUUUGGGGAAUUCGACCGAUGAGCUUAUGAGAUGUAAUUAAUUCACCAAUGAAGCACGCAGCUCUAGCGGGAGGAUAAACAAUGAAUAUUGAAAUAAUUGAGUUUGCAAUUCCAACAUGUAACAGAAAGAACUUGUUUGUGACCAACAUUCCAACACAAGAUGAGCUCCUUGUUUAUGACCUGCUUUACAGAACCUUCUCCAAGUAUGGCCUGCUGUAUGAAGUGCAGGUCUUCCCCGCUACAGGAUGCAAUGCUGGGCGUCAAGUUAAUGAAUCCCCUGGGUAUUAUGCCUUUGUUAAGUUCUACUCGUACAGGUCAGCCUUGAGAGCUAAGGAGGAGCAGAACAACAGGCUGUCUAUUGGAAGCAGUACCUGCAAGGUUGCAUUUGCAAAGAGAAGAAAGGGAGAUAACCAGGUCACUACUCUCUUCCUGGCCAAGUGUCAGGAACUAGCCAGCUACUAUCUAGGUUUCAAUGGCUGGUCCAGCAACAUUCAGAUAUUGGAGGAAGACAAGGAGUGCGUACAACCUGGUGGUGACCUCAAGAAGAUCAAGUACUUCUGUAGUGUAAGACUUGAUCUGACCAAUCAGAAUCUGUCUUGUGAUGGAGUUGGUGCCUGGGAGGAAACGUGUUCUAAAACUGACGUUGCAAGUCAAGGAGGGGUGCUGGCGAAAGUCCAGAAGACAGCACACAGGCGGGCAAUGGAACAUGCAUUCUCCAAACUAGUGAUCAUCUCCCUGUCCAACGGGAAGGUGUCGGUGGAGGUCAACACCACUCGGACUGACCAGAUCCUCAGGGACAACAUGGUAGAUGAGGCACAGUUACUUAAGGUGAAUGAGCUGGAAGAGGCGCCUGUGGCCGAGGAGGAUCGGGAGGAGGCUGAUAUAGACGACAUCAACAUGCAGGUGCUUCAGGAGUUGGAGGACCCAGACUGAGUCGGAAACAAGUUGAUUAUUCUGUCAUCAAAUACAUUUUCUCUUAUAUUCAUUAUCUUCAAGAACAUGUACAAGCUUUGUCAUGUGUGUUGAUUGCAAUAAUUGCAUUUGACGGACCAGUAGAUGGUUUUUGUCACUUUAUCUCCGCUCCCUGAAAAGUAUCUUUAAGACACAUGCACACUGUGUAGUUUGUCUUAAAGUCACUAGGGGCGGUCAGGUAGCCUAGUGGUUAAAGCGUUCGCUCAUCACGCCGAAGACCCGGGUUUGAUUCCCGACAUGGGUACAAUGUGUGAAGCCCAUUUCUGGUGUCCCCCGCCGUGAAAUUGCUGGAAUAUUGCUAAAAGCGGCGUAAAACCAUACUCACUCACUCACUUAAAGUCACUAAGACCUGAUGUGUACAUGUUUAUAUUGGUGUCCCCCAAAGGUGGGGUUGACGAAAUGUAUCACAACUAUAUUGAAAGGUUAUGUAAAAAUGACACAAUUGUAUUAUCUUCAUAUAAAAAAGUUAUAAAUUUGAACAUUAUUUAGAGGCUUGUCAUCUUUAUAGGGGGUAGAGUGUCAUGAAAAACUGUUACAUGAAUUAGUGAGAGGUAGGGUGGGGGGAAGUGGCAUGCAAAAAUGUACAUACACUAUGGGGGUCAGCAUAUUAUUAAAAUAGUCCCUUACACCAUUUCAUGGUUGUCUGUGCUGCUAUCACUGCUGUGUUAUGCCUGGAGAAGGUGUGAAGAUGUGAGUCCAAGUCUGUAAGCCGCACGACACCUAUUUUGAUUAUUGGUAUUCGGGUUUCACAACAAUGAUAAACUUCUAAGAUCUGCAUCACUUGGGGUUUUACUCUAACAUCAGGCUGUGAUGUAACGUAAAUACAGAUAGGCGGAGUUAAAUCACUCACUGACUUAGUUUAAAGGUAGGAUGUCAGAUGCCAUUGUUCAGUAGGGCUUACCACACCCACAUCUAACAGGGCUUAGAGAUGUGUCACAUGAUCCUUGGCAGCUUAUAAUAAAUAUCUUGUUUUGUU